AGGGAUGACAGCCACGGUAGCUGCAAAGCGUCCAGUUGCUCGUAUUCAUGAUCAUGAGGAGAACGAUAUGGAUUUCGUCAUACCAUUGAUGGAGAGCUCCCCUUUGUUGGCUAUUAUCGCGUUAUUCGCUUCAGCACUCAACAUCUACCUGUUGAUCUACAUCUGCUAUUACGAAGGAGCUAUUUCCAGAUUCCGAGAGUUACAGGAUUAUUUCAAAAUUUUCUUUACAGUGCGAGAGAGUGUUCAAAUUGUCAAUUUUACAUCCAUUGAUCCGGAGCUCCUGUAUGUGCCCGAUCUCACUCCACAAAGCAUAAACGCUACAAAGGAAUCCCUCUCGUGGUCUGGUCUGCUUGAGUUCUUUCCCAACUUGCGCAAUGUAUCUGCGAAGGAACUAAAUGCGGUUCUUCUGACUCCAAGAGCUCAAAUACGAAAGAAAUUGAUGGUUGGCAUCCCGGUGUUUGAGCGGAGCAGUGACAACAUCGACGACACGCUUUCGUCUUUGUUCUCUCUUCUCGGUGAUAAAUACAAGGAAAACAUCGUGUUUCUAGUAAUGUUUGCUACCGAUAAUCGAAAAUACAUUCGGCUUCGCACAAAAGGACUUCGCAAAAAAUUUGCAAAUGACAUAAACGCCGGACUCUUGGAGAUAACUGCGAUACCGCCGUCUUGGUACAAAGCGCAUACAGCUUCCAGUCCAUCUACAUCCAAUAAAUCCGCAAUGAGAAUGCAUUGGAGAACAAAACAAAAUUUAGACUAUUUCUACAUAAUGACCUACGCCAAAUCCAGAUGUGAGUACUAUUUGCAGUUGGACGAUAACAUUGAGGCUGUUGCCGCUUACGACCGAGUAAUCUUUGGAUACAUCACAGUGAAGCAAGGAAAGGAUUGGUUCGUUAUGAAUUUCGCUGACAUGGGGUUCACAGGAAAGCUCUUCAGUGAUGAUAGUCUCAACUACAUGACUACCGCCUUAGCUAUGUACUAUCGUUUCAAGCCGGUGAACUGGAUACUGAAGGAUAUUCUCCGGAGUCAAUACUGCAACCCAGGAAUGGAUGACAAAGUUUGCGCGCAGGCGAUCUCGUCGCAUUGCAUAUCAUCCGGAUCGUCGCAGUUCCAGCAUCGCGGCGUUAUCUCCUCUUCAAACCGUAAAAUACACAAAAUUCGCGGUUCCAAUGCAAUUAGAGAAGUGACCAUGGAAAAACGAUCGAAUCCUCCAGCUAACGUGACAACAGAGAUGAAAGCAUACUCAUUUUAUGACUCGCAACGUGGCUACGACUACAAGCAGCCUAUGUGGUUUCUUAGCCCACGAAAGGACGAUAGUGUUGACAUCACUUUCAAAAAACCAUUGAACAUAACAGGAAUCAUGUUCCUUAGUGGUGUUCCCCCAGGUCUUAAUGAUAAACUUGGUCCAGGAACGAUUGUCGCUGGUUCUGACGACAGACAAUGUAUGAAAUUGGGAGAAUUUACACCUGAAGGCGACUUUGUAUUCCGUUGCAAGGGAAUCAUUGUUUUUGAGUUACAAAUAGUCAUGCUCAUCGACAUCGAUCACUCGGUUUUGAUAGAUCAUAUAGUCAUAGAUGAUGCUCCUAUCAAUUUGCCGAAAACAAGUCCUUUUGCUCGAUUUGCUUAAAUCAAAACGUUGUUCAUGUUGUUGCUGAGUCGAUAAAUUUUUGUUUCGUAC